AUGGUAUUAGGCAAGACAUCACAUGUCAGCCCUGAGGAGCAGAGAGUGCGAGACGAGCAUGGCAACCACAAAGACCUCGGAGACAAGACCAAGGGCGGGCUCAGUGGUCUCAGGCAGAAGCUGAAGGAUACCAAGUUGUACGAUGCUAAGGUUGGAGCAAUUCACUUGAAGCAUCGCCUGGGGAAAUUUCAGAACCUGGUCAACACAAAUCAUCGCCACGAUGAAGAACAUGAGCAGGAGACAGAUGCCAAGCGGACCAGGAUCGCCGAAGGCCAUCGUUUCCAGUCGUUCGCCCCGGAGCGUGACGGCAACAAGAUCAAGUGGUAUAUCGACGGUGCGGACUACUUCCACGCCGUGUCGGUCGCCCUCGAGAGAGCGAAGGAGACCAUUUAUAUUGAAGACUGGUGGCUGAGUCCCGAAUUGUUCCUCCGGAGACCGCCCUACUACAACCAGGAGUGGCGACUGGACUACGUGCUCAAACGCGCAGCUGAACGAGGCGUCAAGAUCUACGUGGUGGUGUACCGAGAGGUUGAGCAUGCGUUGACGUGCAAUUCGCAACACACCAAGAAGGCUCUCAUGCGCCUUUGUCCUGAAGGCUCGCCUGGCUACGGCAACAUCAAGGUCAUGCGCCACCCAGAUCACAACGUCCUGGAGAACGCCUCAGAUAUGACAUUCUACUGGGCUCAUCACGAGAAGUUCAUUGUUAUUGAUUACGAUCUUGCCUUCAUCGGUGGUCUGGAUCUCUGCUUUGGUCGAUGGGAUAACAGACAGCACAUCCUUGCUGACGCACAUCCCACUGGCGUACAGAACGAGAUCUUCCCGGGCCAAGACUUCAACAACAACCGCAUCAUGGACUUUCAGAGUGUUCAGGACUGGAAGAGCAACGAAGUCUCGAAAGCUGACUAUGGAAGGAUGCCGUGGCAUGAUGUUGCCAUGGGACUCGUUGGUCCAUGCGUUUACGACAUAGCUGAGCACUUUGUAUUGAGGUGGAACUUCUGCAAGCGAGACAAGUAUAAGCGUGAUGACCGCUAUGAUUGGCUCACUCUGACAGGACGCACCGACGACGAUGAGGAUCUGAUAGGCGUGCAAAGGCCAAAGCAUCCCGUCGGAGACUACAUUCACCACCCACUAUCGCCGCUGGAACAUAAAAGAGGCAACCCACGUCAGGGACAUAGCGUCCAGCGCCAUAACACCGAGAGUGGCCCAGAGAGUGUCGAGAAAGAAGAAUUCCACGAUGCCCAAGAAAGUGUCGACGAGCACGGCUACAAGAGAGAACAGCAUCGCUAUGGCCAUGGUAUCCAAAAAGACCUCCGCGAGCACGGUGUACAUCGCCCCCACUUCCACAAAGGCGACAGCGAGAACACGCCAGAGUCGAAGGGAGUCAUGUACCAGGAGAACGCCAAAGUGACCGGGAAUGACCCCAAGAAUGAAGGCGUUGUGUCCGCCUCUGGUGGUGAGUAUGAGAAGAGCAAGGGCCACACGUCCGACAAGCUCGAAGAAGGAAUCAUCAAUGGCCAAGGCACAGUGCACGCGCAGCUAGUCCGCUCUUCGGCAGACUGGUCUUCUGGGAUCCUCGCCGAGCAGAGCAUUCAGACAGCAUAUUGCCAGAUCAUCCGCGGAGCCAAGCAUUAUGUCUACAUCGAAAACCAGUUCUUCAUCACUGCAACGGGCGACCAGCAAGCGCCUAUCCACAACCGGAUCGGUGCCGCUAUCGUUGACGCAUGUGUCAAAGCGGCCAAGGAGGGCCGCAAGUUCCGAGUGAUCAUUAUGAUUCCAACUAUUCCUGGCUUCGCCGGUGAUCUUCGAGACGAUGCAGCAACUGGCACGCGAGCCAUCAUGGACUACCAAUACAAGUCACUAUGUCGCGGCGACCACAGUAUCUUUGGUAGGAUCAGGGCAGCUGGCGUGGACCCUACGCAGUACAUCUUCGUGUUCAACCUACGCUCAUACGACAGACUAAACAAAACCCCCAAGCUGAAAGAACAAGAACUAAACUCCGGAGUCUCAUACCAGGAAGUACAACGGGCACAAGCCGAAGAGAUCAUGCCCGAAGGUAUACACGCAAGUGAAGGUGUGGAAGGUGCAGGAACCAGCGGUUUCCGCCACGCCGCCAAGGAGGGCGGUGCCAAGGCUCUCUUCAAGAAGACCAGAAGGACCAGCGUCGAUCUUGAUGAAGAAGACAAAGUCCAUGCGGAAGAGCCUAAAGAGGGUGCUGCGAUGCUGGCUGACAAGAAGCGACGCUUUGAAGAUCAUAAGCAUCCGAACACCGAGGAGUUUGAGGAGAGUCUCGACUCGAUGGCGAAGAAUGCUAUGCUUGGACAGAAGAAUGUCAGCGAAGAGGGGUAUGCCGGACGGGACCAGGGUGGGAAGAAGAAGGGUGAUGAUGAGCAUUCGGAAAAUCUCCGACAGCAAGAACUGGAGAACUUUGUGCAGGAAGAGCUGUACAUUCACGGAAAAACCCUUAUCGUGGACGAUCGAAUUGUCAUCGUUGGUUCCAGCAAUAUCAACGACAGGUCGCAGUUAGGAUUCCACGAUUCCGAGCUCAGCAUUGUCAUGGAAGACACGACCCCUUUACCCUCCAAGAUGAACGGCCAAGACUACUCCGCCGGUCACCACGCCGCUACCCUCCGCCGCAUGCUCUGGCGCGAACACCUCGGCCUCCUCCCUCCUCAAAACUGGAACAUAGAAAACGACAUCAACGCCCAACCCCCCGACGACGGCGCCAACGAAUGGUUCGCCGGCGACGAACACGACAAAUUCGUCGAGGACCCCCUCUCCGACGAACUCUGGACAGAAUGGUGCAAGCGCGCAACCGUCAACACGAAAGUUUUCCGGCACUUAUUCCACGCAGACCCCGACGACAACGUCAAGACGUUCGAAGACUACGACCGAUUCCUGGGAGCAAAGGGGUCCCGGAAAGCCGGCCAUAUCUACGAUGAGUUCCAGCCUGUUGAGAUUGUGCGCCAGGAGCUUGAUAAGAUCAAGGGCCAUCUUGUUUGGAUGCCGUUGCGGUUUUUGGAGAAUGCUGAGAUGGCGGAGAAGGGGUUGCAGGUUAAUUCUGUUACUGAGAGUGUAUAUACCUAG